UUUCACGACAAACUUGCUCGUUCGCAUCUUGUUUAUUUUCCAAAUCUCUUAACGAUACAGAGAGAAGAAUUUCGUUUUCAUGGAUGAGUUAAACAGUAAGAAGCGAGUCAGAGAUGACUCGAACGAGUCGGACCUGGAUUCGCCCGAGGUGAAGAGACUCAGAGAUGAUUUCUUGGAUUUGCUUGACGAGUCGGAUUCUUUGCCUGUUAAUCAAGACCUUGCAUCGGUAAUGAAGAGUUUCGAAGAUGAGAUAUCUGCUGCGCAGUCUACUUCGACGGAAUCGGCGCCGGUUGUUUACCUGACUUCCGAUUCCGGUGAUUCACAGACGGAUCUCGGUUACCUUCUCGGGGCUUCCGACGACGAGCUUGGUCUGCCUCCUCCUAUGGCUUCUACAACUGGCGGUGAAAUAAGGUCGGAAGUGACUGAUCUGGCGCCAGUCGACUCACACUCGUCUGGAAUCGGUGAUUUGUGGGGGUUUGAGGGGCAAAACCGAAGCUACGAUUCGCUUGAGUUAGGAUUCUUUGAUAAUUACUAUGUUGACCACGUUGCUUAUGACGGAUUGUUCGAGUAUGCCGAUGUUUACUACGAUUCUUCCGAUAUUUCCGGUCAGUUAUGGCCGCCGGAAACUCUUUCGGCGGAGUAAAACUCUUGAACAUUAAUCUUAAAA